ACGGAUGGAAGAGAAGAAAGAUGCAGGGUUCAUGCUGUAUGACCGUUUGAUGCGGUAUUACACAAAUCCAUCGAAGCCUUUUACACCGCUGCACUGGCCUUAGCCUACCACUCGCUUUCACUGAUGGCGUUUGACCCAAUGAAAGAAAAUGCUGGGAAGGAGGCUUCUUAAUCUGCACGCUGGAGUCUUACUGUGCACACGCACACCGGACGUCUUCUGCACGGCGCUUCAUUGCGCGGAGGUAAGCGCGCUAGCUCAAGCAUCUUCUCGCUUCUUAAGAGGCACUGUAACCAUCGCGAAUACUCUUCCACGAGUCACUCUCUUAUCAGCCGAAGCUGUAUGUAAGGCAUCGUCCUGCCCAUUUCCGAGUGAACACACACUGACUUGUUUCGCCCACAGCUCAUAACCAAUAAUCGAUCAGGGUUCUCGACGACUGAAGCGAAGCCGCUUAGUUUGUCUUGUACAAG